AUGCCUCAAGACAAAGACAAACUCCUACCGAAUCCAGAGGUUCCCUCGCUGUUUGGUACUCCCCCGGACUCAGGAAGGAAUUUCCGUGCCAAGAAAGAUGUCAAGGGAAUGGCGAACCGCGUGGGCAAGCAAUGGGAAGGAUUGGGUCCGCAAAAAGAAUUGGUGCCGCUUCCCGAGAGUCCUCGCACCAAAGCCAAGCCCAAGAUUGCCAAUCUACCGGGAGUCCACAACAAGAAUGCGCCGACACUCUUUGGGGCGUCGCCGCAAGUGGAAAAACCCAAACCCGGAAAACUGAAUACGACACCGAAAAAGGGCGAUGGCAGUAAAGCACCGAGUCUCUUUUCGGGCAGCAAUGCGUAUUUUUCCAAGGCAACCAGUACAGGAGCAGAUUAA